CUACUAAUGUAAUCGGAAAGUUCAGUUUUUUUUCAGUCUAGCAGUAUUCGGAUAUUUCUUACAACUAAAUUUCUCAAUCUGUUUUUUACAUAAAUAUAAAAAUGUUUCGUAGAGGAUUCAAAGCAUUAACAAACCGACCUUUCGCAGAGUCGUGUGGCUUACUAUUCCGCAACUUCUCGGGGAAUUCCCGGAAGAAGCCGAAGUUCGUGAGGCGCCCCCCUCUAAAUCCCAAAAGCAAUUUCUUCAACUGGCCAACACUCCAGAGAUUUCCGGCUGAUAGAGUCAUCGAUGAGCAGGACGAGAAGACCUACUCCACGUUUAAAAUUGACACCAAUCGUCUGCAGGAAAUGUGGCAGCAGACUAGAAUAGCUGCCAGGGAGCAGAACAGCCUACGUGGCUAUCAACCUGCCAAUUCCGACUUGAACUCCGAUUCGGAGGAUGUGAUCAGUGCUCUGGACAAGGUGCGCCAAAUCGAAGAGCGCCGCAAGAUCCAGAACAGGAUGCGCAGUCUCAUGGAGGAGCAGCAAAAGCUGGAGGAGCGGAACCAGGAUGAGCUGGAUCGCUUGAUCCCCAAGAAGGAGGUGCUGGGCGAGCGCGAGCCGGCCAGGCAACAGGCCAUUCCCAGGGAGUACUCACCUGUCAGGAACCAGGAGAACACCAAGCCAGGCUCCUGGAUGUCGGCCACCGUUUUGGCAGCAACUGGAAAAAUACUGCAGCACCGGUACAUGCAAAGACCUCCCAGGAUGACCACUACAAAUUACCAGACUGAAUCGCAGUCUGAGAUCCCGGCCCGUCCAGAAAUUCCAAAUUCGGCAUUCGGCAGCAAAUCGCCACCGUCGAGUCAGGCCAAGAUCAGCCUCCAAGAACUGGCCAAGUCCGUGGUGGAGCUGCACAAAUCCCGCGCCGAGGAGAUGGACAAGACACGAACCCGGGAGGAAUACUCCAGGGAAUCAGCCUGCUUGAAACUUUGCGACCUCUCAGCUCUCGGCAGAAUAAGACAUCACUAGGCGACGCGAAAAAGGAGCACACCAUAAUUAGUCCCAUAUAUCACCUCAACUUUACUCCCCUUCCCAGGAAGCUCUUCAAAUAUAUCCGCAUAAAACCGUAUUACUUAACAGGAGUGGUCUGAAACCCAUAUAGAUCCUGAUCGGUAGCGGAGUUUUCGACUUGACAACUUGUACCACGCAUCAUAUUACAGGAUUCUCGUUAUAAGUAAACCCUUUAGGAUAGAUGGAAAAAUUUAUUGUAUUUU